AAAAUUCUGCCCAAGUCAACAAUUCAAGUGGUCAACUUCAACAACUUUUCCCAGGUCAUGGUAAACGUUUUGGUGCAUCCCCAGGAACCUCAAUUGGAAAUAGAUUUAGUGAAAAUCCAGACUUUCGUAGGUGGUAA